CUGCUGCUGCUGGCAGUGCUGAGCUGGACUCCGCUUGAACAGCGCCUCCUUCCCUUCUUUCCUUCCUUCUUCUCUCUCUUUCUUGUGGGAAGAGCCCCGGAGCGCUGCGCUGCGGCGAACAUGACGGAUACGAUGCUGCCUUCAGGUUGCCCAGCGCCGGACCAGAGGGGAGAUGGUUACUUCCGAAAGGGAUGCAAUCCUCUUGCAGAGACUGGACGGAGCAAAUUGCAAAACCAGAGAGCUAUCUUGAACCAACAGAUACUGAAAGCAGUGAGGAUGAGAGCUGGCGCUGAAAACCUUCUACGGGUGACAACCAACAACAAAGUGCGAGAACAGGUGCUUCUUGAGCUCAGUUACGUAAAUUCAGAUCUGCAGAUCCUGAAGGAGGAGCUAGAAGGACUCAACAUCUCCGUCGAGGUCUAUCAGAAUACGGAGCAUGCUUUUAGCAUUCCUCUUAUACCACUUGGCUUGAAAGAAACAAAGGAUGUGGAUUUCACUGUCCCACUGAAGGACUUUAUUCUGGAACAUUACAGUGAAGAUGGCUCUGAAUAUGAAAAUGAAAUUGCUGAUCUCAUGGAUUUACGACAAGCUUGCCGAACUCCCAGCAGAGAUGAAUCUGGCGUCGAAUUGUUGAUAAGCUACUUUGUUCAGCUUGGCUUUCUAGAAAACCGGUUUUUUUCACCUAGCAGAAACCUGGGAAUUUUAUUUACCUGGUAUGACUCCUUCACAGGUGUCCCUGUCUGCCAGAAGAAUUUGUUGCUUGAAAAAGCCAGUAUUUUAUUUAAUAUCGGAGCUCUCUACACACAAAUUGGUGCAAGGUGCAAUCGGCAGACACCAGCUGGGCUUCAAAAGGCAAUCGAUGCUUUUCAGAAAGCUGCAGGUGUUCUAAAUUAUCUAAAAGAGACUUUUACUCACACGCCAAGUUAUGACAUGAGUCCUGCAAUGCUAAGUGUGCUGGUCAAAAUGAUGCUUGCUCAGGCUCAGGAGUGCCUCUUUGAACAGAUCUGCCUUCCAGGAAUACGGAAUGAAUUCUUCACCCUAGUGAAAAUGUCCCAGGAAGUUGCAAAGGUUGGAGAAACCUACAUGCUUGUCAAUGUAGCAAUGAAUCAAGCACCAGUCAAGGAGAAUAUCCCUUACUCUUGGUCAAAACUGGCUCAAGUCAAAUCAGAUCACUUCAGAGCUUUAGCACAUUAUUUUGUUGCAACUAUUUUGAGUGACCACCAGCUACAUCAAAAUGAUGACGAAGACCAACAGGAAAAAGCUUUGUCUCAGCUGUAUGACCACAUGCCAGAAGGGUUGACACCCCUAGCUGUUUUAAAAGAUAGAGUCCAGCGGAAACAACUAGGAAAAGCUCAUUUGAAGAAAGCCAUUGUUCACCAUGAAGAAGCCUUAAGGGUUUGUAGUGUAUGCCAAAAGCUCCGGAAUAUCGAGGUUCUCCAGGAAAUUCUCUCAGUCGCACACAAGCGAUCCCUUCUCAAAUAUUCACAGCAAGAACUGGAAGAUGACUUCUUGAGUUUGAUGCCAGCUCCCGAUAUCCUUUCUAAGACAGACCAUAAAGUAGAGGUCAUUGCUCCCCAGUUCUCCAAGGUGAAAGUCAAAGACUUCUUUGAGAGGCUGGGCCCACUUGCAGUGUUUUCAGCAAAGCAGAGGUGGACUGCUCCUCGCACAGUUCGUUUCAGUUGUGAAGCUGGGAACCUGGGAUUUACCCUGAAAGGAGGCCCGCCUGUUCACGUUUACUGUCUCAAUCCAGUUUCUCCCGCAGCAUUGGCAGGUCUGAAAGAAGGAGACUGCCUUGUUGCUGUUGAAGGCACGGAUUGCAAAUGGCUGGGAGUAAGUGAGGUCUUGGAAAAAUUCCGAAACCUGGAAGAACAGAAGACUGAGAUUCAGGUGAUCAGCUGCCAAGAUACUACAGCUUCUAUGCAUAACAAGUGCGCCACUUAUUCCGUGGGCAUGCAGAAAACAUACUCUCUGAUCUGUUUGGCCGGGGAAGAAGAAAAAAGUGAUAAGGCCAAGAAAACAGCUCCAAAGCUCUCCUUUUUAAGCUGGGGGAUGAAGAAUAGGCCGAAAGCAGCUAGUACACUCUGUCUUCCUUCCGUUGUAGCUGGAAGUUCCACAACUAAGAAGAAACUCACAUCUCCUUUCACGCUUAUGAGUACGGACAGCUCAUUGUACUAGAACUUCAAAAGGAGGUUUUCUUUCAUCUGGAAAUGAUGUGUGCCAUAAAACUGAAACUUAAGUCUUGUAAAUCUUGAAGGCCUGUGGUUUUAGAAUAUGGCCAGUUCGGAUCUGACCUGUGUUACUUUUAUACUUAAAAUGUCUUAUGCUUUGUCUACUGACUAAGUGAGACAUCAUUGCAAUGAUUUCAGGAGUCACGUUGUUUUGUCAUCCGGAAAACUACAUGGAUCUUGUUUGCUACCAGACUCCUUCAAAGUGUCUCUGUGGGGCUCUGUCCUAAGUACUAUAUAUUUUUUUAAAAAGCUAUUUAUAGCAAGUAAUGUGUGCUAUACUACUGCAAAAACUAUGAAGGAUUGUUUAUCAUUGUGUUGCUGACAAGCUGCAAUUUUAAAUGAAGGUGGAAUGAAUAUCCUGUUUUAUCCUUGCAGGAACAGGAGAAUUAUUUGCUGAGGUGGCACAGCAUUCCCCUGUUGCUUAUUAUGUUGGUCAUGGUUACACUUAAGUCCAGAAAUGUUAGGAGAAAUCAGUACAGAAGGGAUUAAUUACCUGGUGAGAAUUAAACCCAUUUUGCUAAACUCAAAUUAAGCUGCCUUUUAGAGGCUUUUGGUGGGGCAGAGGACUUGUACUGAAUUAACCUCUCAUUGAAAAACACCAUAAUGUCACUUUGGUUUCCCUUUAUCCAUUAUUACCUGUCAGCGGGACUAGCUUUUUGUGAUCUGGUCUUGCAGCACUGCUGUAACACUUAACAGUCCCAGGUGUCAAUGUUUGUGGGCAAAGCCCCCUUGACUGGCUCCAUCAAGGCUUGGCAUCUACAGGGAGCAACCUGAGCGCUUUGCUUUUUCUGGCGAGGCCCACUCCUCCUCCAAAUAGCACUGAGCAGUUGCCAUUUUAAAUUUUGCACUAUGCUGUGUUUUGGGCAUUGUGGGAAAUCAAAAUGGCACGCCACCAGCUAUGUUCUCCUGGUGAGCUCACACCUUGCAUUCACUCUUUAACAUUUACAGCCGUCUGGGAUCAGCCUGCAACAAAGCAGCUUCCAUGGUGCUGCUGUAAUGUGCAGAGUAGGGCUGGGGAAGUUGUAGUCCUGCAACAGCAAAUUUCAUUAAACUCUAGUUUUCAUCAACCCUAGCCAACUUAAUAUUGAUGGGAAUAGUAAUUCAUCAGCAUAUGAAAGACUGGAGGUUCUCAACCUGGUGUAGAAGGUAACAUGGUUUAAAGAUGUUCCCACUGACCUGCUGCUAUUACUAGUCCAGAUAUUUCAGAAUUAAGCUUUGUCUCGUGUACAUUCUUCAAUCUGGUUCUUUAUAUCUGUGAAGACAAAUGGCCUAGAGAGCUGGGCAUAUUUAGCUUGGGGGAAGAAAAGACUCAGAGGUGAUACAACAUACAUAUUUAAAUACCUGAAGAAAUGCCAUAUAGAAGAUGGAGCAAGUUUUUUUUUUCUUUUUAAAAUUACAAGAGAUUCCACUCAAAUGUGAAGAACAACUUGCUGGCAGGAAGAGUUGUCUGAUGGUGGAAAGGUCUGCCUUGUAGACUCUCCUUUGGAGAGCUUUAAACAUGUACUUGGCCAUUGCCAUCCCUCCCAGUGCUACGAUUCUGUGAAACAAUAAUUAUUACCAAGAUGGCAAUUGUGGUGCAUUUUAAAGCUAAAAAUGUCACACGUUGCUACACCGCAACCUAGAUAGUAGAGAAGGAGGUAGAAACAGAACAACUGCUUUCUGGCCCAGAUCAAACUCCCAACGCCUGCCAAGUUUCACUUUAAAAUAGGUCUAUAAUUUAGUAACAGCUUAAAGGACUGCCAUCAUCUGAGGUUUUCUGAAGCAUUGGUAUGCCUGAAGUGCUGUUCCAAAGAGCUUGCAAUGUCACAAGCUACGCCUUGGGAUACAUUUAGGAACUGUCCCAUUGGUAAUGUGAUUUUUCUGUACAUUUGUUUCGUUUCAAGUUGCUGGUUGCUAACACAGUAGUGUUAGGCUGAAAUAUUGUCUACAGGGUAGAUCUCACACUGUUUGAUAGUCAAAACAUUUUGAAUAGAUGAAAUCCUAACUCCCAUUUGAAUUUAUGGGGGUGGGAUGGGGAGAAGAAAUCUCCCUUGGCCUGCAGUGGAAUUGGGAUAGGCCUCAGUGGAAAGAUUUUGGGAUUUUGUUCAUUUGAAAGCCUGGUUUAUUAAACUUUGUAUGAACUCACAGGUUUUUUUUUUUAGCUUUUGUGUUCCUACAUGGUAUAAAUAUAUACAUUUAAAAACAUAUUUAAGAAUAAGUUGUACAGAGGACUUCUGGGCAAGAAGCAUUUCUCUUCUACUGCAGUUACAGAUGGGAUGAAACAGUGCAACUUUCCUUGACUGUUGACGUUUGUUUAAAAUGCAGACGCAAACCAAUUUGCUUCAUAACUGCCCUCCUGUGAAAGGAAAACAUAAAUAGCUGCUGCUCUUUAUCUAUUAUUGUUCUUGUUGUGCAAUAUUUGAACUGAUGCUCAGAGCUGAUCCUGGCACAUAAUAAACCAUACGUAACAAGUCA